GGCCCAGCGAGGUUAACACGUGAUGAGAUGAAACAAGUAUAAUAGAAGAGAUCGCGUGUACUUUUUGUUGUUGCUGUUUUUUCAAUUCAAUCAAUCUAUUUCUCUGAGUUUGUUUGUUGUGUUAAUCGGAGAUGCAAGACGGUGAUGAAGUUAACAUUCAAGAGUUGGCCUCCAACCUCACCAUUUACAAAGAUCAACUCAACCAGGUUAGACAACUUUUAAACGAUGAACCCUCUAAUACUGAGUAUGUCGACAUGGAAAGGGAGCUCUGCGAGGUGAUUGCUCUGACGGAAGAACUCCUCGCAACUGCCAAGCAAAAUGAAAUUUCUGUUGCCACUGAAUCUCCAAGUUUAUCAAGAUCCAAGGAGAAUAAAGCGGAGCUUGAUAGCCACUUUGAUCAUCAAGAGAAAUUUCCCAUUGGCACCAGAGUUCAGGCAGUUUAUAGCGAAGAUGGGGAGUGGUAUGAUGCAACAGUUGAGGCAUACACGCCAAAUGGUUAUUAUGUUAGCUAUGACAGUUGGGGUAAUAAAGAAGAGGUAGAUCCUGCUAAUAUAAGGCCAAUUCAAGAAGGUACUGUGGAUGCUUUGGUAGAAGCGGAGCGUGUAGCCGAAGCUACAAAGCAGGCUAUCAAAAGAAAAAUUGCGCAAGCUGGGUCUGUUGAUUUUCAAUCACGAAGUCUACCUGCAAAGCUUCGUAUAGAGCCCGAUGACCCUGAGGAUGUGAAAAUUACGAAACGGAAGAAAAUACAUGCCUUUAAGUCUAAGAUGCGGAUGGAACAACUUGAAGUCACACAAAAUAAGCGGCAAAAUGCUUGGCAGCAAUUCCAGACAACCAAAGGAAAAGCAAAGAAGAUUGGUUUCUUCUCGGGAAGGAAGCGGGAGAGUAUAUUUAAAUCUCCUGAUGAUCCUCAAGGAAAGGUUGGUGUGACUGGAAGUGGGAAAGGUUUGACAGAGUUCCAGAAAAGAGAAAAGCAUUUUCAUCUCAAGGACGGCACAAUUGAGAAUGAUGAAUAGAAUAGGUUAAGAAGCCAAUUAGCAUUUCCAUUGUGUAUCUCUGUAACAUGCUCAAACCAAUCACUGCAGUGGCUGUUUGAGACCAAACAAAACGAUGCAUGUUUUCAAGUGAAAUAUUGAGGCUGGUUUCAGAUUA